AUGGCAUGUAUGAGAAAAGAACUAUUUACUGUUGAUGCGUUGCGAUCUGCUGAGUCAUGGGUGGCUGAGAACCAGAGAAUGGCUGCCACCAUCCGAGAAUUAGAGUCCCGAUGCGGGUCUCAAGAGGAUCGCUACCUUGCCAUGCACUCUGAAAUGUGUCAAGAACUGGACAGUCUCAGAACGGCUGUGCCAGGCUCUGGGGGUGUCGACCUACCCCAGAUGCUGGACGAUAUCGCUCAACUUCGAAGACAGUCAUCUGAUGCUCAGACUUGCCUAAUUACUGGACACCUCAAAGUCGUCAAAUCUCUUUUCGACACCGAUGGAAAUUACCGCUUCAAAUUGCGUGACGUUCGACAACUCUUGAAAGAAGCGCAGGAUGAGAUUGAAAUCCUGAGCCAAGAUAACAAUAAUAAUACGUCAAAACCCAAAUGUUACACAUUAAUAAACUGCAUCGAUAACUUCCUCAAAGAAACUGAGGUGUUGAAGGUGGUUCGAGAUACGUUGGAAACUGCAACUGGAGAACUCGUGGAACAGAAGGAACGCACCAAUCAGCUCGAGGCUCUGAAUGCACGCAACCCUGAGAAUAUUCAAGCUCUGCUCACUGCUGCAAAGUUGGAUUACGCUGAUUUGACAAUCAGCGAUCUACGAGUGCAGCAUUCUGAUCUCAAGGCUCAUAAUGCUUCCCUAGCAUCAGACCUGACGUUCCUUAACGCAAGGGAGUCUGAAACAAACUCGAUUAUUCGCUCGAUAGUCAUUGCAAAAGACGAGAUUCGAGAGAAGCUAGCGGAACGCAACCCAGCCAUCAGCCAGUGCCACACCAAUAUCGCUCGAUUGACAAGUCAACUAGAAGAGUCACAGAGCAAGAUGGAAGAAUACACUGUGGGAAACUCUUCCCUGCGUAAAUUACCACUCAAUUCAUGGUAUUCGAGCUGCGAUGUAUUGUACAAAGGUCAGAGGUAUGGACGGCCGGAGUUCGCGAGGCAUAACCAAGAGCUCGAUUAUAUGUUGGUACGGCUUGUUGUAGACAUUAGUAAACUAGAUCGCGACUUUGCGAUGGGUGGAAUUGUCAGGAAUGUUUCUUGUCGCGAGGAGCCCCAAGUAUGGAAGCUGGCACUUAAAGAUAAAAUCGUCAAGCCUCUCACAGCAAACAGGAAUCUAUGUUACCCAAGGGUCACACCUGUGGUAGAAAAGCUCGUGCAUCUGCUUAGGGCAUAGUUUGGCCCCAUUAACCAAAAAACGCGACUGGAAUUCGAAAGCGAUGAUAAUGACCAAGGCCCGAUGACAACCACCUCUACUAGUACCGCCAAAAAAGAACCCCCAUGGUCGUCACUAUGAUGGCCCCACAACAGAAGAAAGUCUGAAUCGAUUAACCUGCCUCGCGAAGCUGUGCGCAAGGGUUGAAGUUCACUUAUGGUUAUGCUCUGUCAAAUCAACCUCAUCAAAAUCGAAUCAAUGCUUGACUUUUAUGCUGCCCAUCUCUUGCUCGCACUCAACUCCGUACUUUUCUCAUGAGCCCAAGGCUUCAAUCCUGC